AUGCCAGCAAGACUGAUCCGUAUCAUCGUUGCCGUCAUCCGUGCGCGCAAGCUCGAAGGCUGGAGGCUAGAUGCGCCUGCCAAGCAAACCGUCUGGCAACUGUCUGACCAUUCGCCGCCAUCUCCAUCCGCAACGAUGCCUUCCGAUGAUGAGGGCUUUGCGAUCAUCGGGGCGACAGGCCCCAACGUCGGACCGACGCCCAAACCUCGGAGGUCGACAAGGACCAAGCUGCCUCCGAUCCCCAAGAAGCCAUCACCAUCGCGCCAGUCUUCCGGGGCAGCUGCCGGAUCCAGCUCGUCUGCCACACGGCGCGCCAGUGCAAGCCCGGCUGCCAAGCGCAAGAGGACGAGUCGGUCCUCGGGAUCCGAGUCGGCAGCCGAGCAUGACGAGCUCGAAGAAGGCCCGAAGCGCAGGUACAAGAAGCCAUCCACCUCGACCAAAGCGCCCCGGGGCUCUUCCCCCAAGAAGGCGCAGAAGGAGGCCAAGCCCAAGAAGAUAAGCCAAGCGGCGCUGUUGCGGAACAAGAUCCAGGAGCUGCACGGCGACAAGCAUUUCCGAAAGCUGCCGGACGAUACCAUCAAGCGCAUCGCCAAGGCGCACGUGGAGCGACUCUACCUCAUCCAUCGCUUCCGCCAUGGCACCACGCUUCGAGAGGAGUUCGACGUGUUCGGCAGCAAGGGCAACGUCUACAAGGUUGCGCUGGCACAGAACGUCGAGUGCAGCUGCAUGGACUUUGCACUCCAACGCCGUCCAUGCAAGCACAUCCUCUUCGUCUACAUCAAGGUGUUGCGCCUUGCGGGACAUCUCCCGGUCUACUCUCGAGUUCGCCUAUCCACUUCGGAGCUGGAGGCAAUCUUCGCCGAAGCACGCGUGGACCCUGUCGCCGAGGCCAUGGCACACAAGGGCGUGAGGCGCGCUUGGGAGAACGCCGUCGGAUUCGACCCGAACGCUGCAUCCAGCUCCAGCUCUGACUCGACGAGCGGCGACGAGGGCAAGCGCAUCAUCCCGGAAGAAGGCGACAUGUGCGGCGUCUGCUACGAAGAUCUGGAACCGGGCAGCACCGAAGGACUCGAGUUCUGUCUCAAGUCGUGCGGUCGACCGAUCCAUAGCGACUGCCUGCAAAAGUGGUUCGACAGCCGUGGAUUUGCCAGGACCUGCAUCUGGUGUCGAGCCAAGUGGGAUGGCGCCGCAGAGGCUCGCAAGGAUCCGCACGCCCAUGGUUACGGCAUCGGUGUGGGCCGUCACGGAUCCGUGGUCGACGAGCGCGGCAACGUGCUCAACUUGGCGGCGGCGGCGGCUGCUGCUGCUGCUCUCGAGCCAGCUGAGGCGCCAGAGCCUGUUGAUGCGCCCGAGCCAGCUGAUGCGCCCGAGCCAGCUGCAGCCGAUGCGACCGGCUGGGAGUAG